AUGGUUUGUAAGCAAGGUUUAUACGAUUCAGAUGAAUCUUUGUAUCAGAAAAAACACAAAGGAAGUUUACAUGUAAAUAUGAAAAAAAAUAUAUCUAUUUGUAAACUAUUUCCACCCAUAAUAAAGGAACAAUUUAUCCCAGGUUGUAAAGAAUAUAUACCAUUAUUUCAUGAUGGGAUACGAGAAGCUGCCUCUGUAGAGUACAACAUUGAUAUAUGA